AAUGCGUACUGGCUGAUGCUCAAGGCCUCGGACCCCACGCAAAGGGACACGGUGUCUUCUACUUUCCAACAAGCUUCCGGCUAUGGAAUGAGCGUGAUCAGGACCUGGGCCUUCAGCGAUGGUGGCGACAGCGCUCUGCAGUACUCACCUGGUUCUUACAACGAGGAAAUGUUCAAGGGUUUGGACUUUGUGAUCUCCGAGGCCAAGAAUCAUGGAGUGUAUCUGAUACUCAGUUUUGUGAAUAACUAUGCGGAUUUUGGUGGGAGGAAGCAGUAUGUUCGGUGGGCCACGGACAUGGGGCAGUCCUUGAGCUCUGAUGAUGACUUUUAUUCGAACGAUGCCGUCAAAAAACUCUACAAGAACCAUGUCAAGACUAUUCUAACGAGGGUCAACACGAUCACGGGAGUAGCAUACAAGGAUGAUCCUACCAUCUUUGCAUGGGAACUCAUAAACGAACCCCGCUGCCAAAGCGACCUCUCGGGCAAGACCCUACAGAAUUGGAUCGCAGAAAUGGCUGCUUAUGUGAAAUCCAUAGAUAGCAACCACAUGCUCGAAAUCGGGUUGGAAGGGUUUUAUGGGGAAUCAGAGGCUGAGAAGAAGCAAUUCAACCCCGGCUAUGAGGUCGGUACGGAUUUCAUCUCUAAUAAUAUGAUCUCAGAAAUUGAUUUCACCACCAUUCAUGCCUACCCUGAUCAAUGGAUUUCAGGCUCAGAAGAUGCCCAGAUGGCAUUCCUGAAGAGCUGGAUUCAAUCCCAUAUCGAUGAUUCUAGUGCCGUCAUUAGAAAGCCUUUCAUGAUCACAGAAUUUGGUAGGUCCUCGAAGACCUCGGGGUACACAGAAGGAGAGAGGAAUGCCUUCUACUGGGCCGUGUACAACAUGAUUUUCGACUCGGCUAGGGAAGGGGGCUCAUGCGCAGGAGGGCUGUUCUGGCAGGUGCUGGCCAAGGGGAUGGAUGACUUCAAAGAUGGCUACGAGAUCAUAUUAUCGAAGAGCUCCUCCAUAACAGCUAUCAUUUCCCAGCAGUCCCGCAGGAUAUCCAGCCUGCAGUAGACCACCACCUUAAUUUGCUGCAUGCGGUGCAUACUUAAUA